AUGGCCAGUCUAAGGGGUAGUGUUGUUACUAAUGGAACUCUCCACAAUCCCAAGACUCAGCACAGCAAAUGGCAAAGCACUGACUGUGUGAAAAAUGGAAUCGCCAAAGAAGCCCAGCAAAAUAGGAAGCCACGAUUUUUUGAUAAGCCCAUCUUUGAUUCCUACCCGGAACCACCACUGUAUGUCUUGGUUUUUACUUACAUGGCCUAUGUAAUUGGAACCCUAUUCGGCUAUCUUAGAGACUUUAUGAGAAGCUUGGGAAUAGAAAAAUGCAAUGCAGCGGUAGAGCGGGAAGAACAAAAAGAUUUUGUGCCACUCUAUCAGGACUUUGAGAAUUUUUAUAAGAGGAACCUUUACAUGAGAGUCAGAGACCUCUGGAAUCAGACUGUCUGCAGUGCCCCAGGGCCCUACUUUGACAUGAUGGAGAAAGUGUCUGAUGACCGUAACUGGACAUUCAGGCAUACUGGAAGAGUUAUCAAGAAUGUUGUCAAUAUGGGCUCCUACAACUAUCUUGGGCUUGCAGUCAAAUAUGAUGAGUCAAUGAAGUCAGUAAAGGAUACUUUAGAAAAGUAUGGUGUAGGUGUGGCCAGUACCAGACAUGAAAUGGGUACAUUGGAUAAACAUAAAGAGCUGGAAGAUCUCAUGGCUAAGUUCUUGAAUGUAGAAGCAGUAAUGACCUUUGGGAUGGGAUUCGCAACCAACUCAAUGAAUAUCCCUAUACUUGUUGGAAAGGGAUGCCUCAUUUUAAGUGAUGAGUUUAACCACACAUCUAUCAUCCUGGGGGCUCGACUCUCAGGUGCAACAAUAAGACCCUUCAAACACAACAAUGUGCAAAGCCUAGAGAAGCUCCUGAGGGAAUCUAUCAUCAAUGGCCAGCCUCGCACAGGCCGAGCUUGGAAAAAGAUUCUCAUCGUGGUGGAGGGCAUCUACAGCAUGGAAGGUUCCAUUGUGAAUCUGCCCCAGAUAGUGGCUCUAAAGAAGAAAUACAAGGCUUACCUCUACAUCGACGAAGCUCACAGUAUUGGUGCUACGGGCUCCAACUGCCAAGGUGUCAGAGACUUAUUUGGACUGGCCCCUGAAGAUGUGGAUGUAUACAUGGGAACAUUCACCAAAAGCUUUGCAGCCUCUGGAGGCUAUAUAGCUGGGAAAAAGGAACUUGUGGAUUAUGUUCGGAUUCACUCACACAGUGCUGCUUAUGGAACAUCCAUGAGUCCCGUAGUAGCAGCACAAAUCAUCAGAUCAUUGAGGCUUAUUACUGGAGAAGAUGGGAACCUUGGAGGUCGACAGAGAAUACAGCAACUUACAAAAAACAUAAAAUACUUCCGACAGCGACUGACAGAAAUGGGAUUCAUUAUCUACGGCGAUGACUACUCUCCCAUUAUCCCGGUGCUUCUCUACAUGCCUGCUAAAAUAUCUGUUUUUGGAAGGUAUUUACUUAAGAAAAAAAUCGGGGUGGUGCUUGUUGGAUUUCCAGCCACUUCGCUGGCAGAAGGUCGGGCUCGGUUCUGCCUUUCAUCAGCACAUACUCGGGAGACAUUAGAUGAAGUUUUGGAAGUCGUUGAUAAACUCGGUGAUAUGCUGAAUGUGAAAUAUUUCCCAUGCAAAAAGUCAGGACGCCCUGCACUCUACAAUGAGAAGAGUUUUGACAAUGAAGCAAGCUUUGAUGAGGUGAACAUGCAACCUGAAGCAUAA